AUGCAGACCCCAGACGAGCAUCGUCAGACUGAGUAUCUGAACCCUUUCGGGGUUUCAGAUAGAGAGCACCCUUUCCCACUCAGCUCAGAACACUCAAGCUUCUCAUCUGCUCGUCCAUACUCACCUUCGGACAUGGCGUCCACUCUAUCACCAGACAGACUCAUGGUACGGAGUGACACGCGGACGUCUCACUCGCUGGACGGUGAGACGUUACGGCCACGAGCAGACUCUACCAUCUCCAAUGCAGACACCGCUGUCAGAUCGAGAGCCAACUCUGCAGCCACCACCGCCACCCCGACCAAGAUGGAGUACGACGAUGUUUCGGUAGCCGACGCCUUGAACCCAGAUCCUCGCAACGAGCAGGAUUUCAUAGUCACAGACAAUAAGUUCGCCUUCUCUCCAGGCCAGCUGAACAAGAUGCAGAAUCCUAAAUCUUUGGCUGCGUUCCAGGCACUUGGGGGCAUGAGGGGAUUAGAACGGGGCCUACGGACAGAUUUGAUGUCGGGUCUGUCUGUGGAUGAGACCCUCUUGGAGGGUUCGAUCAGCUUUCCAGAAGCGACAUCCCCGGACUAUGCUUCUUUCAAGGAGCCCCCUUCCCAAAUCAUUAAUCUUCCAACAUCAGAGCCCAGUACACAGUUCCAAGAUCGCAUACGUGUGUUCUGUCAGAAUCGACUGCCGGCUCGGAAGCCAACGGGCUUUCUGAAGCUCUUCUGGCUUGCGUAUAACGAUAAGAUCAUCAUCUUAUUGACGAUAGCUGCUAUCGUGUCGCUUUCUCUAGGCAUCUACGAGACCACGAGCGAAGGCAGUGGAGUUGAUUGGAUCGAAGGAGUGGCAAUAUGUGUGGCUAUCCUGAUAGUCACUAUCGUGACUGCUGCCAAUGACUGGCAGAAGGAAAGGCAGUUUGCCAAGCUGAACCAACGUAAUAAUGACCGAGAAGUCAAGGCUGUCCGUUCCGGCAAGGUCUCCAUGAUAUCAAUUUUCGAUGUCACAGUGGGAGACAUUCUUCAUGUCGAGCCGGGUGACUCCAUUCCUGCAGAUGGAGUUCUUGUCUCAGGUCACGGAGUAAAAUGCGACGAGUCAUCCGCUACGGGAGAGUCGGACCAGAUGAAGAAGACGGAUGGACAUGAAGUUGGGCGGUUGAUUUCGGAUGGCAGAGCCACCAAGAAACUCGACCCGUUCAUGAUCUCGGGUAGCAAAGUGCUUGAAGGUGUUGGAACUUAUCUAGUAACAAGUGUCGGGCCAAACUCGACUUAUGGCCGGAUCUUGUUGUCAUUACAGGAAUCGAACGAUCCCACCCCCCUACAAGUCAAAUUGGCUCGACUUGCUAAUUGGAUUGGCUGGCUGGGCUCAGGGGCCGCGAUCAUCCUGUUUUUCGCUCUGUUUUUCAGGUUUGUGGCGGAUUUGUCACAUAACCCUGCGUCGCCGGCAGCCAAAGGAAAGGAAUUCGUCGACAUCCUCAUUGUUGCUGUUACGGUUAUUGUUGUUGCGAUACCUGAGGGUCUGCCACUUGCUGUAACUCUGGCUCUUGCCUUUGCCACAACACGAAUGGUCAAGGAGAACAACCUCGUGCGCGUUCUUCGUGCCUGUGAGACAAUGGGAAAUGCAACCGUAAUUUGCUCCGACAAGACCGGUACCCUAACGCAGAACAAGAUGACUGUUGUGGCUGGGACCUUGGGCUCUGGAAGGUUCAAGCAAACUCUGGCCGAGGAGCGUUCUUCUGAUAUCCCCACCCCCGCUGAGUUCUUCAAACAAUAUUCGGGUAAGCGACGAGACCUCCUCAUUCAGAGCAUUGCCUUGAACUCUACUGCCUUCGAGGAAGAGAAAGAUGGAUCCAAGGAGUUCAUCGGCAGUAAGACCGAGGUGGCUUUGCUACAAAUGGCCAAAGAUCAUCUCGGCAUGGACGUUGCUGCAGAGCGUGCCUCCGCGGAAAUUGUUCAACUGAUUCACUUCGACUCUGCACGUAAGUGCAUGGGAGUGGUUUACCGGGAACCAACCAUCGGAUAUCGUCUCGUUGUCAAGGGUGCUGCUGAGAUAAUUACUGGCGCCUGCACGACCCAGAUGACUGGGACAAGCGCUUCCCAUGAUCACAUCACCAUUGAUGAACUGCACGAAGGAGACAGGCAGACAGUCCUGGAGACAAUUGAGUCUUACGCGGGCCAAUCUCUACGGACGAUCGGACUGGUGUACCGUGAUUUCCCGAGCUGGCCCCCGAAGGACGUUCGGUGCCUGGAAGAUGAUCCAAAUGCCGCCCGAUUCGACGACAUCUUCCGCGAGAUGACAUGGAUUGGGGUCGUGGGAAUCCAAGACCCCCUCCGGCCUGAAGUACCAGCUGCUAUUCAGAAGUGCCAUGCUGCCGGCGUGCAGGUGAAAAUGGUCACUGGGGACAACAUUGUAACCGCCAGUGCCAUAGCUUCGUCGUGCGGUAUCAAAACCGAGGAUGGAAUCGUUAUGGAAGGCCCCAAGUUCCGCCAGCUUUCCGACGCUGAGAUGGAUCAGGUCCUUCCUCGCCUCCAGGUGCUAGCUCGCUCAUCUCCAGAGGAUAAGCGAAUCCUAGUAGCACGACUCAAGAAACUAGGAGAAACCGUUGCCGUCACUGGUGAUGGUACUAAUGAUGGGCCAGCUUUGAAAACGGCCGACGUUGGCUUUUCCAUGGGGAUUGCCGGAACGGAAGUCGCCAAGGAAGCGAGUUCAAUCAUCCUUCUUGAUGACAAUUUCAAGUCGAUUGUUACUGCCAUCGCUUGGGGCCGGGCCGUCAAUGACGCUGUGGCCAAGUUCCUUCAGUUCCAAAUCACGGUCAAUAUCACCGCGGUCAUCUUGACCUUUGUUUCGUCCUUGUAUAGCAGUCAAAACACGAGCGUCUUGAACGCGGUGCAGCUGCUAUGGGUCAACUUGAUCAUGGACACAUUCGCAGCUCUUGCCUUGGCGACCGAUGCACCGACAGAGAAGAUCCUCAACCGCAAGCCCGUUCCCAAGAGCGCGUCUCUAUUCACGGUAGUCAUGUGGAAAAUGAUCCUUGGGCAAGCUCUGUACCAGCUGGCCAUCACCUUCAUGCUCUACUUUGGCGGAACCCGUAUCAUCGGAUCGCGACUUGGUACGCAUGACCCGCAGACGGUGCUCAACACCAUUGUAUUCAAUACCUUUGUGUGGAUGCAGAUCUUUAAUGAGUUCAACAACCGCCGACUUGACAACAAGUUCAACAUUUUCGAGGGCAUGUUCCGCAACUACUGGUUCCUGGGAAUCAACUGCAUUAUGGUCGGCGGCCAGAUCAUGAUUAUUUUCGUGGGAGGGGACGCCUUUGGCGUCACCCGACUAGAUGGGAUCCAAUGGGCCAUCUGCAUCAUCUGUGCUCUAGGCUGUCUCCCGUGGGCGGUUGUUCUGCGUGUGAUCCCCGAUGGGCCAUGCCAGGUUGCUCUUGACUUUGUCAUCCGGAGCAUGAACUUCGUCUUUACGCCUAUCAGCAAGGGUCUGGGACGGCUCGCGGCCAUGGUUCGGUCCUCGAUGCGGCCCGUGAAAAGGGCUGCUCAGCGUGUGAUGAACCGAGGUGUGAAGAAGGAGCAUGAUACCACUGCUGCCCUGCCAGACGAGGAGGCAGCAACGGCGUCGUUGCAUGAUGUGAAACGACAAUCGACCCCGGAGGUGCCUACGAUCUCACUCCCGCGAUUCAGCGUGGAUAAUAUGGCUAGACGAGCAUCGCAAUUAGCUGAAAAAAGUGACCAAUUUUCAAUCAAACAACAACAACUGCACCCACCCUCCUCCACCACCACCACCACCACCACCAUCCCACCACCCGGUCCACCCACCGUGUCCACUCACCAACUCCAUCCACCCACAACCUCAAUUAACCAAUCCACACUCCCCCAGAACCCAACCCUUCACACAACAACCACCGCAACAAUGGCCCAACUGAACUACCGCACCAUCAACAUCGACGUCCUGGACCCGGAGUCCUCGAUCAACUUCCCCAUGGACACUCUCCUCCCCACCACGCUCCCCGCCCCGACAACCUCCAGCGACGCCGCCUCCGUCGCAUCCCAGGUCCGUCAGCUCCUCCGCGGUGGCGACCCCGAAGGUGCCCUUCGGUAUGUGCUCGACACGGCGCCGCUGGGCGGCGAUGACCGCGCAAAGGAGGUGCAUUUGGCGGCCGUCGUGGACGUCCUACAGGGUAUUCGCCAGGGAGAGAUGAGUCGUGUUCUGGAGGGGGUGUGUACUGGUGAGGGUGGCUCGGAGAGAGCGGAUUGCUUGAUGAAGUAUUUGUAUAAGGGUAUGGCGGCGUCGGGGAGUGGCGGCUCCAAGUCGGUUUCGCCGCAGAGUACGGGGUUUUCGCAGAUUCAGGCUAGGAAUUUGGGUGAGGGGGGUGGUGGGCAGCAGAUGAGUGUGUUGUUGAAUUGGCAUGAGAAGUUGGUUGAGGUUGCGGGGACGGGGUCGAUUGUUAGGGUCAUGACGGAUCGGAGGACGGUUUGA